AUAAGCAGCUGGCUAUGUUUUUGUUCAAAAGAGAAAUGCUCGGCCCAGAGUUUGCUCGGCAUCAAACUCGUUGAAAAUAAAAAUUGUUGUUUUUCAAAAAAACAUCUUAUGUCUUUGCUGGCCAUAAUCUUAGAUCCGAAGAAAACAGGUCUGAGAGUUCAGGUUGUUCGACCAGAUUGCUGAGCAGAAAUUCAUUCUGCCCUUGACCUGCCAAAUUUUAUUUUUCUUGCGUUUCAGUGACGUGCCGCUUUAUUUUUUCUUUGUGUCAACCAAGCACGCUUAAUUCUGGUAGACUAACUAUGUUGUACUAUUUAUAUACAAGCCACCAUCGCUACUAAACAUGCAUUAGCUACUUUACAAGCAUUAGCCUGCUUAUCAAUUCAUUGACCAAGCUUUCACCAUGCACAAUUUUCCAUUUAUAGAGUGACGUUUUAUCACUGGUAUCUCGUUUUGUUCUGCAGAAAUAUUGUUCAGCUUUGCGCUGCAGUUUAUUUUCUUAGUUGAACGUUGUUAAAAUUUUCAAAGAUUGUUUAAAUGACGUCGGGUGGCAAAGUGUUCCGAGUGGUGAUCGCCGGCGGGGGUUCGGCAGGUUUGACGAUGACUAACCGACUCGCACGAGUGUUUGGUGCUACUAAUGUCGCCCUGGUUGAGCCUAGCAAAGUUCACUACUAUCAACCCUUGUGGACUCUGGUCGGAGGGGGAUUGAAGUCGUUCGAACAGUCGGCCAAGCCCAUGGGAGAAUUUGUGCCCUCUAAUGUCCACUGGGAGAAACAGAAUGUGUCUGGAUUUGAUCCAGACAACAACAAAGUUAUGCUGGAAAAUGGCGAUCAUUUGAACUACGAGUACCUCAUUGUUGCUCUUGGGAUCACUCCGGACUACCAGAGAGUCCCUGGACUUCUAGAAGCUCUGGAAACAGCUCCUAACGUAUGCACCAACUACGAUGCCAAAUACGUCAGCAAAACAUUCCCUGCUAUCCAGAAUACCAAGAAAGGAACUGCUCUUUUCACACAUCCGGAUACUCCGGUGAAAUGUGCCGGAGCUCCCCAGAAGAUAAUGUAUCUAGCUGAAGAUCAAAUCAGGAAAAGUGGGCUGCGAAAUGACGUUGACGUCGCUUUCGCCCAUCCGGGUCCGGCGAUAUUCGGGGUUAAAAAAUACGCAGAACAGCUGGCUAAAGUGGUCGCGGAGAAAGAUAUUAAAACCUAUUUCCAUCACGCAUUGAAAGAGCUGGACUACAAGAACAAUCUCGCUGUGUUCCACAACAUCAAAGAACCGGAUAGCCCUGUGAAAGUGUCCAUCCCGUAUGAGAUGAUCCACGUCAGUCCCCCCUUCAAGCCCCCCUCUCCGAUCGCAUCCAACCCCAAAAUGGCGGCUGCACAGUCCGGAUAUCUGGACGUCAACACACAGACACUGCAACACAACAAGUACGAGAACAUUUUUGGACUGGGUGACAACAUCAACAUCGUGUCGACUAAGACGGCGGCCGCGGCAGCUGCUCAGACAGGCAUAGUCCAGAAGAAUCUGCAGUCUGUGAUGGACAAGAAGAAGCCGAGUGUGUUUUAUGAUGGGUAUACUAGUUGCCCACUGGUCACUGGGGCUAACAAGGGUAUUCUUGCGGAGUUCGAUGGCAAUGGGGAACCCCUGCAGACUUUUCCUUCAUUCUUCGGACAGCACAAGGAGAAAAAGAUCUGGUACUAUUUGAAGGCACAUGUGAUGCCCACUCUCUACUGGUACGGGAUGGUCAAGGGACCAUGGACAGGGCCCAAGGCGUUGAGAAAGAUGUUCACUCUUGGAAUGGGCCGAUAGCGAAUGAUUGCUGAAUAUAGUUCAAAACUGUUUAUAAAUAUAAUUUGUUGAUUUUC